AGGUGCGCGCCUUCGCUUUCGUCUGAGGAGCAUUGGUCCUUUUCUUUCGGCUCAAAAUCUUUGAAUCGUGAAGAAAAGCUCUCCAGUUCGUGUUGCACGCAGCCCCGUCGCGGUUCUCAGCUCAGAGGACCACGCGGCGCAACUCGUGUGUGGAACAAUCCUCCCCAACAUGACUUUGUUGUCGCCGAAGCGUUCGUAAGCAGCGUCGUCUAUCGCAGUGUCUUUUUGCUGUUGUCUCCGUGCUCCGUUGAUGCUAGCUCACUGCAAGAGCCAAGGGAAAAAAGAAGGCACCUCCUCUAUUAACUUUUUCAAAUAAUAAUAAUUAUCGAUAGCAAACAUCAAUCAUUGCAUUUUUUGUUUUCCAAAACUAAUACGACGAUGCCAGAGAACCGCGUGACACGUGCGAGGCGUCGUGCCGACAUCGCAGCACAAUUACUGAUGGGCGGGGUGGAGCGCAACCCGGGCCCCCGCCGCAACAAUGGGCGACGUUACACCAACACAGCGUCUACCGAUUAUGACUACGACGCGUACACGGACGAUCUCGACUACGCAAGCGGAGCAUCGGAUGGUCACGUACUGGGUACCCAUCUGUGGCGGAUGGUGGCGCGAACACCGGCGGCGAUCCCACAGGAGUCCUCCCGAAGCAGCACAGGCCACCGUCGCCAGGGUAAGAACAAAAGCGCACGAUACAGAGAAUCCGCCCUACGUCGCGGCCCGCGUGCGGAGCUGCGCGAGAUGGAGCUCACCGACGACGGCCGUCCAGCAUGGCGCACGUGCGCGCAGCGUCAAGCGGAGAUGUUCUCGGAAAUGACGGAGUACACCCGGUACGAUCGAGAUGAUGUGAACUUCGAGGUGUGGGUGGCGGAGCUCUUCGCGGACUUCAUGACGGCGAGUGAGGCGGAGAUGCGACACAUUUCGCUCAUGAAGGAGGAGUUGGUCGUGUGGACGCUGCGCGCGGUACUCAUGGCGGAUGCGUAUGACCUUUCGAUGUCCCACAUCUCUUUCUGCCCGGUAGGCGGCUGCCGCGAGUUUCGCGAGACCGUGGAGUUGAUGGACCAGCACGUGCUUGAGCAGCACCCGUCGUCGAAGCGCGCGAAGCAGCUCUGCAGGGAAGGCUAUAGUGACAGCUACUACGAUGUGGCGAGGGCCACCUACACUCCGCAGCCAGCGCAGACCUCCUCGAGAGCACCUCCGGUGAAAGAAACAGCGAGUAGUGCGGCGAGUUCUGCGGCACCAGCGCCGCCAUCUUUUAGCAGCGCACACCCUGACCCCGUAUCAAUGGCACAACAGCAACAGAGUUUUGACGCCUUGACGGAGCAGCUGCGCAAUCAGCUUUUUCUGAUUGACCGGCACCAACUGACCGUAAAGGAGUUGUACAAGGCGGAGAAUACGACGUCUCUCGCUUUGCAGUCCCUGGCGAAGCUGCGUGAGUUGUCUGACAUGCACGAGUACGUGGUGAAGCAGCUGAACGAGCUCAUUUACGAAAAGUCACUCGCGCUAUUCGCGCACAAACCGAGGUCAACAGUGGCGCAGGUAUUGACCCAGGUGAAGCGCGUUAUCGAAGAGCAGCAGCGAAUACUGGAUCAAAUGACGGUGGCACUGGCCUCUCGACGACUUCAACAAUGCAACCGCGCUGGACUCACGCAGAUGUAUUCGUAG